AUGUUAAGGGAUGGUCGUCGUGGCCGCACUUUGGCCGGCUGGUCCGACGCUGAGGACGUAGGAUUUCCGUUCGGAGCUGCAUCCGUGUGCGGGACAGUCGCAGGGAGAGGCGGCGGGACUUCGUUGUUCGGCUGCGGGAGGUGCGUGGACGAGGAGGAGGCGGAAGGCGAGCGUCGUUGCAGAGCUAGAGCCCUGGUCACCCGUCGGCGGGAGUCGUGGCACGGCAGGUCACCUUAUCGAACGCGCCGAGUCCGGGAGAUGGGCGUCGCGGAGGCUCAUUCAAGAGCUGCCCACGGACGGAGGAGCACGAGCGGAGAGAGCGCGUGCCUGGGUGGGAGUUAUUCACUCAUGAUAUGCCUCUUCUCCGAGAUCAUUCACAUGCAAGUCUCAUCUACUCCACCGUAUCGCGCCAAUAGCGCCGGACAAGCACCUAAAUCCCACCUCACGCGGCCAAGCGAGGUCAAGAUACUUGGAAGUAUGCAAGAUCGCUUGCAAGCACUGGCCCGCUCCGGCGCCGUUCACGCGGUCUUCGCGUUUCGCGCGGAAGGCUUGGAACAGAGGACCGCCGCAAAGGAUCUGUUACGGGAAGCCUUCACUCUUGAAUCAUAUUCAAAGCAUGGUGUCAAGCAAGCGGAGUGUCUUGCAGCAUUCUCAACUUAA